AUGCCAACAGCAUGGCGCUUCGAUCCUCUCCAGCCGCUCGAGGCCUCGCACACCUGGCCAGCUCCAGCAGCGGACAUGGCUGCAGCUACUACCUUUCUGCGUCGCCUUCUCCCCUCAGCCGCCUCCAGCCCCUCAACGUCGGCUGACGCUCCCAUCGCCCUCUCAAUGGAUACACCCCUCGUCCUCCUCCCGGACAAAGACGCCGAUGGUCUCUGCUCUACGCAAGUAUUGCAUCGCACUCUUCUGCAUCUCGGUGUACCUCCGGAGCACAUCAAGAUCCAUCAUCUGAGCAAGGCAACGCAUGCUGCUUCCAGGUCGGAGACGGACAAGAUCAAGGCCUUGAACCCGGCCGCAGUCAUAUUGCUCGAUCAGGGGAGUCGACCUGGCCCUCCUCUGUUGGGCAAAGACACACCGCCUGUACUAGUCAUCGAUCACCACUACCUCCACCCGGGAGAAGGAGGACCAGAAGGAUCUCUCAUGCUGAACGCGAGCCAUUCACUGCCAGUAGCCACCUCUGCGCUCCUUACUUGGUGCCUCUGCCGCCCUCUCUGGUCCGAUGUAGACAGCAAGGACACCAGCGAGCUCGCCGCUACCUCGAUUGACUGGCUAGCCGUCUUGGGUACAUGUGGCGAUCUAUCAGUAAACGUAGCAUGGGACCCUCCCUGGCCCGACCUCUCACCGGAGAUCAAGCGAUGGACAAAGAAGCGAAUCGGUACCGCAGUCGCCCUCCUCAAUGCUCCGCGUCGCACACCAGAUUUCGACGUCGCAACGGCCUAUGCCUCUCUGGCUGCUGCGCCCGAUCCACUGGCCUUGCUCGAUCCCCACAAGAACAAACACGCCCAAAGGCUGUACGACGCCCGUAAUGCCGUGGGGGAGGAGGCGGAGCGUUGUACGCAUACGCCGCCCAAGUUCGCAAAGGACGGUAGGCUGGCGGUGUUGUUCAUCAACUCAGCCUAUCAGGUCCAUCCAGGUAUUGCGACCCGCUGGAGUGGAGCAUUGCGAGGCGCAAAAAAGCUGCAAGUGGUCAUGUGCGCCAACACAGGGUACUCGCCUACGGGAACUCACACCCACUUCUCCUGCCGUAGAGCGGGUGCGGCUUUGAAGAGAGGGGAGGAUCCGAACAUUAUUGAGCUCCUACACGAGUAUGCUGCGCGCGAUCCACAGUUCCUCAACGAUGCCAAGGGAGCGAAAGCUCUCAACUUCGCGCGAGGCCAUCGUGAGGCUUCUGGGGGCAUUCUGCCGCACAAGUUGUGGGAGCGCUUUGUUGAGCUUAUGGAAAUCGGCGUGUCUGCCGAUAAGAGCGAGGCGGGUAGUAGCAGCGGAGGCGGGCAGAAAACGUCGCCCAGCAAAGCCGGGCAGAAGACGAAGCUGACUAGCUUCUUUGCAGCGAAGGGAGCCAAGAAGGAGGAUUCGAAUGACAAGAAGGUCAAGGUUGAGGAGUCAGCAGCAUAA